AAAAUCUUUUAAGUCUGUUUUUUGCUUUGUAGAUAUUGAAGACUUGCCUCCAACAGUCCAAGAAAAAUUAUUUGAUGAGGUGCUUGAUAGAGAUGUUCAGAAAGAGUUAGAAGAAGAAUCUCCAAUUAUAAACUGGUCUUUGGAAUUGGCUACACGUUUGGACAGUCGACUUUAUGCGCUUUGGAACAGGACUGCAGGAGACUGCUUGCUUGAUUCAGUGCUACAAGCUACCUGGGGCAUUUAUGACAAGGACUCGGUGCUUCGGAAAGCCCUGCAUGACAGCCUGCAUGACUGUUCACAUUGGUUUUAUACACGUUGGAAAGAUUGGGAAUCAUGGUAUUCUCAGAGCUUUGGUUUACAUUUUUCCUUGAGAGAAGAACAGUGGCAAGAAGACUGGGCAUUUAUACUCUCUCUUGCUAGUCAGCCUGGAGCAAGUUUGGAACAGACACACAUUUUUGUACUUGCACAUAUUCUUAGACGACCAAUUAUAGUUUAUGGAGUAAAAUAUUAUAAGAGUUUCCGGGGAGAAACUUUAGGAUAUACUCGGUUUCAAGGUGUUUAUUUGCCUUUGUUGUGGGAACAGAGUUUUUGUUGGAAAAGUCCCAUCGCUCUGGGCUAUACACGGGGCCACUUUUCUGCUUUGGUUGCCAUGGAGAACGACGGCUACGGCAACCGGGGUGCUGGGGCUAACCUCCACACCGACGACGACGUCACCAUCACCUUCCUGCCCCUGGUCGACAGCGAGAGGAAGUUGCUCCACGUGCACUUUCUUUCUGCUCAGGAGCUAGGUAAUGAGGAACAGCAAGAGAAACUGCUCAGGGAGUGGCUGGACUGCUGUGUGACCGAAGGGGGUGUGCUGGUGGCCAUGCAGAAAAGUUCUCGGCGGCGGAACCACCCCCUGGUCACGCAGAUGGUAGAGAAAUGGCUUGACCGCUACCGACAGAUCCGGCCUUGUACGUCCCUGUCAGAUGGAGAGGAAGAUGAAGAUGAUGAAGAUGAAUGAAAAAAAAUCAAAGAGCAGAAGACCAGGGUAUCAGCUCUGUGGCGACCCCCAAGCUAGUGUGGUGCACGCUCCAAGCAGAGCGCAAGGCAUGGAAGGAACCAGAUCUGUCAGGAUCUGCCCGGAAGGGCUUUUCUAAUCCACACCCAAUGGAGAUGACGUAUCUGCUGUGUGAGGAGACAGAGAACUUUGUUUGGACUACAGUUUGUAAAAAAAAAAAAGAAAAAAAAACUAAUUUUAUUAAGACAGAACUUUUUUCCUUUCAAAUUGUAAAUCUGUCUAUAAAUGUAACGCAUGUGGUUGUGUAAGAAGUUGUGUAAUAGGACAAGUUGUACCAGCAUCUUCAUAUUAUUGAGAAGUUUUUUCCAGCACGGGCACCUCCAAAAGCACAUGGCAGAUGACUCUUUGUUCCUUUGAGAUACUCUUUUUGAAGUAGAACCUGGCAUUCCACUUCCAUCUUAAAAGGCCCACUUUACGUUGAGUCUCAUUAGAGCUCAUUAGAGAUUUGGAAACUUUUUGUACAAAUUAUCCACAGCAAAACAUAAAAAUAAAAACAAGCUUUUAUUUUAUUAAUAAUUUAGUUCCUGUCAUGCCCAAUAAAACGAAGUCAAAUCUUUAAGGAACAAACUGCAAGGAAAGUAAGAAUUGUUUGAGUGAACUUCAUACAUACGUCAUUCCCUUGUUUUGGAAAGGGUUUUGGUUUCUAUUAUUUCGUCUUUUUUAAGCUUCUGAUAUGCCCCUUUUCAGUAUUUAGGUAUUUAUUUGUUUGGAAGAGCACCCUUAACAUGAGGGUUCUUUUCCCAGAGUCCGGGCGGCAGUCUCUCUGUGAGUCGUCAUUCCCGGGAUGUAAGUUAGGGAAGAGCCUGGGGAACAGGCCCACUUGUAACUAAAUGAAUUGUGUGAAAUUUGCGCACUUGAUUCAGUUGACAAUGUUAUACUCCCAAAUUGCCAUGCAGAGGGUCUUUGGAUUCUUCCUUGUAUCAUCAACUCUGCUUUAAGCAAAUCGUGUUAGAAAGGCAUGCCUUUGCUUGGGCUCAUUGGGAAUCAGUUAAGUAUAGAAUAAAGAUUUGAAAAUGCAGUAAGGUGGAAAUGCAUUGUAUAAUGAAUUUCUCAGAGUAGUCUGAGAAUUUUUGCAUGUUGGUUAAUUGUGGCCAUUCUUAUUUAAAAGUUAAAACUUAUAAUCUUAGAUAGAAAUCUUUUUAUAAAAAGUAUUAUUUGACCACUUCAGGUAUAUGUUCAAUACUGGGUAAAAAUUUCAGACCUAUCUCAGGAACACAUGAAAGACUUAGUGUCCUGAUAAGCACUUUGUAGACUAUUGAUGUGGCAAGGAAUUUGGAAAGCAGCCCCAUACACACAUACACACACACACACUGUUCCUUCCCUUUGAUGAAAAGGCUGUGAAAAACCUUUAAAUAUUUGCUUCUUGUUUUCUUCUAAGUUCUGUUUAGAUGGUGUUUGAAAUGUGCACAACCUCUAAUUUGAUGCUGGAAUACUAAAAAUAGAAAAACACCCAUGAGAUGUCAUGUCUUUAGUUACUUCUCCCCUCUCGGAACAGUGCAGAUUCCCAGGAUGAGAGGAUCACUUGUGCUGUAUGCUAAAACUUGCAGGAAACUUUUGCAAUUUGAUUUCAUAUAAAUGAGUUUUGGUGUAAUAAUGGUAAAUGUUACUGUUCUAAGUGGCUAGGUUUCCCUACAAAUUGACUCUCUGGCUUUCAUUUUGGUCAGUAAUUAAGUUUUUAGAAGGCUGUCGUUCUACUUAGCAUAGCAUCUCUAUAAACUUUUCUCCAUACAUAGGAAGAAUUCUUUAGUGGGCACAGAUCCUAUUCUAGUUGCUGUUAAGCAAAACUACCCUCUCAAUUGAAGAAGCCAAAGAGAAACGUUUGAGAGAAGUGUCUAGUCACUAUGGUCUAUACUGCAGUCAAUGCUGUCCAGAAAUCAUAGGCUCAGUACUUAGCCUGUGUGUGGUGGUCUGCUGAGUGUUGCUUCCCCUGAGGUGCCUCUUUAUUUAUUUAUUUAUGAUCAGUGAUCCUGACCACACCUAGUUUAACGGGUACAGCAUUCUUCCCUGUGGGAAAGGUAGAGCAUUGCAUUUCCUAGGCUCCAGACAGGGAUGGGGCUUUAAAUGGUUUUCAUAGCAGAUUGGCCACUAAUGGCCAAAAUGUUGUUGAAUCAAUGCUAUGUUAAGCUCUUGAACUAUUAAACAGCCAUAAUUGUUGUCCCGAGAUAGAGUACGCAGUCCUUUCUCAAAGAUGAGGUCUUGGUUGACUCUGGACAGUAAUUACCUUACCUGUAUGGACUUAACUUUAUGGUUCUUUUUUAGGGAGAAUACAGUGUGGUGUUUUCUGUUCUAAUUAAACAAAACCUAGGUGCACCAUGGAUUUGAACUGGCCUUUUUGUUUUUGACUCUAGGCUCACCGUGUCCCAGACUCCAUCUGUGUUACGGGAACACUGCUUGCUUUAGGCAGUUGGGGAAUCUCCUUUUUGCGCAUGUGUGGUCAUGCCCUCAUUGACAACAUCCUGGUUGCGUAACGAGGACGUUCAGCUCCCAUUCCGUUUCCUGGAGUGAUGGGUCAGUCAGUAACCAUGUGCUCCAUCUCUUCCAUAGGAGGUUGUUUUAAUGUAAUUUUUCUGGGAGGGUUGGGAUGGGGCCACCACCUUCAGAUGAGGGAGGAGGUUGAUGUUUGAAGGCGCCAUCAUCGCCCCUCCCCCCGUCUUCUUCAUGGGAAGGGGAGGAGAAGGGAGUGACAGGGAGUUGGGUACCUGGAAUUGGACCUGAUGGAUGGGUUGAUAGUGUGGCUACCACUAGAACAAAAGGGUUUAAUGCUAUUCAAGAAGGAAAAUCCUUUAAAUCAACAACUUAAAGUUCUUAGCAUAUGGAAAUGGCUGAUGUUAAUUAUUUUGCAACAUUGCUUUGUAAAUAUCAUUUAAAAGAAUUUUGAGAUUCACUUCCCUUCCUGCAUUAAUGCUUGAGCCAGGUAAUUCUGCUUUUGGGUAAAUUAAAAUCAAAACUCUCUAACUUGA